CGCACGCUCUUUGUUCAACAUCCGGAACAUUAUGUUAUGGAGGAGGAUGAAAGCUGUGGUAAAAAGGGAGGAUAGAAAAGUUGUUUUUGUAUUAUUUAGCGAUUCGCGCAGCCAUACUGCUGAAAAACAUUGUUGCCGUUAACGGAGAUACUCCCUCAAUUUCCUAUUUUUUUGCAUCGUGUUUACCGAACAUUCACAACGAGUUAGCAGCCUUACUGCGCGGGGAUGGCCGACUCCGUGAAGACCUUCCAAUCACAUCUGACGUCUGUGAUGGACAGUCUGAUCAGAGCGUCGGUGUGUGAGAUAUCGAAGCUCUUCCAGGACACGGUGAACGAUUACCUUGUGGAAAUAUCACUGAACCGAAAAGAGAACGAGGCGCUGAAACUGAGACUCAGACUGACGGAGAACAAGCUGAGGAACGAGCGGAAGUACGGGAUGGGCUGGGCUGCCAGCCGCCGCACGUCAGGCCUUCUGGUCGCGGACGACAGCGGGCGAAAAAAGCGACGGGCAGAAGUCCCCAGAGUGAAGCAGCGGGAUGGCGGGUUUGGGAAGGACUGGGCCGGCAGCCCGUGGGGAGCAGCGGGCCCCGGGGGGGCGGGGCAGGGGCCACGGGAGGUGUUCCUGGUGCAGCUCCACGGUGGGGUAGAGGAGGAGCUGAGGGAGGAGGCCACAGACAUCAAAGAGGAGUCCACAGAACCGGAGGGCGGGUACCGGCCCGAGUCACUGCGCCUCAUACAGGAAGCCCUCCAGAUGGACCCAGCUGACCAGAACCUGGGCCCGGGACCCAGGGUCCAUGUGGAAGGAGCGGUGGAGGCCGGGCCGGGGCUCCCCAGCGGAGGGCAGAGGGCUCCAGAGGAUCCGGGGCAGCAGCAGCAGCAGCAGCAGGAGGAGGAGGAGGGGGGUGGGGCUGAGGCCGAGGGGGAGGGGUUUGGGGAGCAGCGGCUGUGCGCGGGGGCGGGGCUAAACGGGCUGGAGGCGGAGCUGAAGGCGGAGCCGAAGGCGGUGGGCGGCGGCGAUGUCGGCCAUGUUGUGGGCGGCUUGGUGGAGAGGUACAUCGGGCUGGACGGCAUGUGCAGCUCGGAGCGAGACGCGGCCUCAGACCUCCCCGACCCCGAGUCUGCGUCUGCGUCUGCCUGCGCGUCUGCGCAGACGGCCGAGCGGGCCGCAGACGGGCUGCUGGGGUUCGGCUGGGCCAGGCCGGGGAGAGAGGGGCGCGGGGAGGCGGGCGUGGGGCUGGCCCCCUUCCCAGGCCCUGCCAUGGGGCUGGGCGAGCUGGAGGACCAGGACCAGAGCUGUGGCGUCUGUGGGAAGACCUUCCUCCAGCCGGCCCACCUCCAGGCCCACAUGCUGCGUCUGCACGGCGGAGAGACCGGCCCGGAGAGACCGCACCGCUGCACGGCCUGCGGCCGCUCCUUCGCCCAGCCCUGGGGCCUGAAGAGCCACGAGUGCGCCGGGGAGAGACUGGCAGAGAGACCGCACCGCUGCCCGCUCUGCGGCAAGCGCUUCACCCACUCCCGCUCGCUGGAGAGACACCAGCUGGUGCACACAGGGGAGAGACCGCACCGCUGCCCCCAGUGCGGCCGCAGCUUCAGCCGGCUGGGCAACCUGGAGAGACACCAGCGCAUCCACACGGGGGAGAGACCGUACGCAUGCGCACACUGCGGCAAGCGCUUCAGCCGCGUGGAGUAUCUGAAGAGACACCAGCUGAUCCACAGCGGGGAGAGAGACCACCAGCCGAUCCACGGCGGGGAGAGACCAGCGCACCAGUGCCUGCAGUGUGGCAUGGCUUUCAGCGAGCCAGAACUGCUGAAGAACCACCCCUGCAUCUACAGCAUCUGACCCCAACGCCCCCGUCCUACAGCAUCUGACCCCAACGCCCCCAUCCUACAGCAUCUGACCCCAACGCCCCCAUCCUACAGCAUCUGACCCCAACGCCCCCAUCCUACAGCAUCUGACCCCAACGCCCCCAUCCUACAGCAUCUGACCCCAACGCCCCCAUCCUACAGCAUCUGACCCCAACGCCCCCAUCCUACAGCAUCUGACCCCAACGCCCCCGUCCUACAGCAUCUGACCCCAACGCCCUCGUCCUACAGCAUCUGACCCCAACGCCCCCAUCCUACAGCAUCUGACCCCAACGCCCCCAUCCUACAGCAUCUGACCCCAACGCCCCCAUCCUACAGCAUCUGACCCCAACGCCCCCAUCCUACAGCAUCUGACCCCACCGCCCCCAUCCUACAGCAUCUGACCCCAACGCCCCCGUCCUACAGCAUCUGACCCCAACGCCCCCGUCCUACAGCAUCUGACCCCAACGCCCCCGUCCUACAGCGCGUCCGCUAUGGACUGCUCACUGCGCAGAUACACAGCUACUGUUAUUUCAGUGGUGAGUACUAUGAAACAAAGUCAUUAAGUACCAUACAUUAAGCACUAUGUACGUACGUUUUACAGCCCGUUUUAUAGUACAUACCACUGAAAUUAAAAUACAAUAGUUACCUAAUAAAGUACCUGGUAUUUACCCAGUAAGUACUAUGUAAUUAACAGGCUGUAAAUGAAAGCGUUGCCCACCAGAUGUCUGUCUGUUUUGUUUUGUAUUUGGGGGAGUAUUAUUAAAAGGUAUCUUUGUUAGAAUGGUGGCUGUUGUGAACGUGCAGGCACCUCCACCUCCACCGUAAGCCUUCGCACGCACACAGCGGCUGUAUUUGUGUGGACAGAUGGCGGACAAAGUUGGGUGUUUUGCCCAUAAAAGUAAAAAAAAAAAAGAAAAGGAUUGUGCUUUAUUUAUGGAUUUUUUAGUUUCGAUUUCAUAUUCACUUGUUUCAUUAAAAUAUUUGCUGAUAACCAUUUUGUCUUUUGUACCGUUUAUUCAAUGUACAUCAUUAUGUAAUAUUAAUAAAUGUAAAAUGUUAUAUUUGCUUGAAAA